UCUCUAAUCCGGUGUUUUCUUUUUUCCUUUUUAGUUUGCAAUUUACCAAUUUAAAAAAUAAGGGUUUAUGAAAUUAAUCAACAAUGGUCAUUAUUUCUUAAACUAUAACUCAGUAGUAUUAAAAAAUUCCUAAAAAUUACAAUCUUAUAUCUUAAGGAAGAUCUCUCAAACAAAUCAACUAGUAAAGUAUAAUAACUAUACUUUGAAAAUAAUGAAUAAGAAGAAAUUUUACAAUUUUGUCCUACCUCUUAGAACUUUCAAGAAAAUGAUGUAGAAUAUCUGUCCUUGAUUCUCUCCCAUCUUGGUCUUCUCUUCAGAGACUCACCAUAAUAAUUUGUGGUCUUUUUAAUAGUCAAUUUAAGUAAGUAUUUAUUUAGGUUAAUGUAGAGGGUAAAUUUGUCCACUUACAUAAUAAGAUAUUAUAAGAAGGUUAUUUAGGUAAUAAACUAUCAAAUGGUCACUUAAUAUCAAUUAAGUUUUAGCAUUGAUCACUAUUCACCUUUUCUUGACUUUAAGAUCACUAUAGAGCAAUUAUGUUUAAUUUUAGUCACUAAAAUAUAAUUUUCCCAACACAAAAAAUAUACAUAUUCAUGUGAAUAUAUAAAUAAAAUACAUAUGCAUUUAAUAAAAAUCAUUUGAAGCAAAAUCACCUGUAUUUGGUACAAUAAUUCAACAACGGGACCUACCAUAUCAUUAGUUUCCUUUUUAUUUCUUUUCCUCCACGUGCACCACCAUUUCACCCAUAUGAAAUACAUAGGAGUUAUAUGAUACAUAGUACAUAAGUGUCACCAAAACUAAAGAAAUCCCACUAAAAACGGGUGAAGUGCAAAAAUCACUAGUAGUUUGAAAAUUGUGCAAAUAACACUUCUCGUGUUCAAAUUACACUCCGUAUACUAUGAAAAGUAAGCAAAUGAGGACUUAUUGUCAGGUAAAUAAAGUGAGAUAGGCAAACAAACUAAAAUGCCCUCGACUAUACAUGUAACAAAAAUAAUUAAAAAAUCUUAAAAGAUGAAAUUACCUCAAAGGACCUGUGGGGAAACACCGUUUAUUUAGUCCAACAAAUUUAAUCAUCUCCCACAAACAACGCACAGACUCCCACAAACAACGCACCAUCACCAUAACCGCCCCCAUCACCACCACCACCACCACCAUCCCCACCCCGCAACCAAGACCACACAAGCAUCAUCACCACCACAGCCCACCAGCACCACAAUCGCCUUCCCACAACUAUAAUAAAAUAUUAAAAAAAAACACUACAGUCACCUAUCCACCGCCGUCGCCGCCGCAACACUCACCGGAAACUACCAUCAUCGAUGCACUUUUCCCGAUCUAUUUCUUGACACUGUAUUCCAGCGAAAAUCUAGCCUCAAGAACAAUAAUCACCUUCCUCACCCUCACAACCAUUGCAACCACUGUGUAUUAUGGCGAAACAACCACCCCCAAGGUCUCACGAUCGACAGUGGCAAGUUUGAUACGGUGGAAAUAGCCAUUGGUUCAAGAUGGCGACGUGGUUCAGACAACGAAAUGGCAGCAUGAUUCACGUUGGCGGCAUGGUUCAACCGGCGACACCUGCAGUUUUCGGCGUGAUCUCAACUUUUCCAUCGUUGUCGCAACGAUAAACAAAUCGAUUUACUCCUGCCAUCGUCGCUCGAUCAAAAUCUUCACCAAACUCACCCGAAUCGAAACUCCCAAGAACCCUAAAAAACAGGGGUAUCAAUCAUCUCCCACAACUAUGGCGUGAUCUCAACUUUUUCAUAAAGAAGAUCUAACCUGUCGGUCACUUUACUUCGAAAAUCGCCUCCCACCGUUGAUGUCCCCAAAGAAAAAGACGAUCUUCCUCGACCUAGACGAGACUCUGGUUCACUCCACGCCGGAUUUGCUGUCGAAAAAGUACGAUUUCAUUGUCCGGCCAACAUGAGAGUGUAGAGAGAGAAGUGUAUAGUGAGAAUAUGUAAAGUUGACGUGUAAAGAUUAUUGAUGAGGCGUAAUUUUUCUGGACAGAUGGAUGGCUAGGAUUGUCUGGGACCAUAGCUGAGGGUAGUUUGGGAAGUCCAAAAGGGUCGUGUUGGUAUUUAGGGGAAUUUUUUGGUCACAUGACCUACACAUGUCACCUUAGUCAGAAUCCUCAUUUGCUCACUUUUCUUACUACGGGGGUUUGAUUUGAACACGAGAGUGUUAUUUUCACAUUUUUCAAAUCACAGGGGUAUUUUUUGCACUUCAACCUACUAAAAACAAACACAAAAGAUCACAAACUUAAUCAAUUACCCAUCUCCUUCCUCCAAAUUAGGACACGUAACCCAUUAAAAUAAAAUAAUGAACAAAAACCAAAAUAAAUAAUAUCUCUCAGUUAACAAAAUAAACCCCAAAAAAAUCUGUAUAAUAAAAAUCAAGCCUUGAAAAUCUGGGUUGUCACAAAAAAAAUGAGAAAAUAUAUUUUAAAUAAAAAAAAAAAAAAAAGGUAAAAUGAGAUAUGUAUAAAACUAUACAAGUUAUGUUCUGACUUUAUGAACUUAUUUUUUGUUUUAAAUGUAAGCUUGUAAGACCAAAAGAUCCUAAAAUUAGAUUCUCUAUGGGUUUGGAGGACCACAUGUUAAAUGUUAAGUGUUUUAUAUUUCAACUAUUCAUAGUAACCUAUUAUUAUUAUUAUUAUUUAUUUUUUAUUUUUGGGAGGAGGGGGUGCAUAACCCUAGGUCUUUUAUAAAAGAGAACAAUUAUGUGAAGAGCGACAAUUUGCUCUAUUGCAAACAGGCGCAUUGUAAACAAAGAUAAGCAGCAAUAAAAUUAUCCCUAUUAGGGUAACCUUAUGUGUGUUGAUGUGGCACAAUUGCGAGACCCACAUCGUGUAAUAAUUGAGGAACAAAAAUCGCUUCAAUGCAAGUGUGUUUGUUUUUUUUUAACCAGAAUGAUAGUGUGUGAUUAUUUUAAUAUACUCUCAUUAGGGUAAAGCUUAAUGAAUAAUAAAAUGGUGUUCGUGUCGUGGUAGGUACAUUGCCAGAACAGAUUGGAAACCUUGAUCUUGAGAGAUUUUAUGCCAGUGUAAACAGCUUAACUGGCCAUAUUCCAUUCAAAAUAUUCAAUGUGUCAACCAUAAAACUCCUUGAUCUGGGAUUUAAUCAAUUCUCAGGCCGUCUUCCUUCGGACAUGGGGCUUUGGCUUCCCAGUCUUGAAGAGCUUUAUCUGGGUGAUAAUAAACUCAGUGGAAUCAUCCCAAGCUCUAUCUCCAAUGCCUCUAAGCUUACUCUCCUGCAUUUGUCUACCAACUCAUUCAGUGGCUCUAUACCAAAUUCGCUUGGUAGUUUAACAUUACUACAACGGCUCUUCAUUGGUGAAAAUAAUUUGACAAGGGAAUCCUCUACUCCAGAAUUAAGAUUUUUAACUUCUUUGACCAAUUGCAGACAUUUGGAAGUAUUGAGCAUAGCAUUAAAUCAAUUUAAUGGCAUAAUCCCGGAUUCAUUUGGGAAUUUGUCUACUUCUCUUCAAAUUUUUCAAGCAUUUGGAUCAAAAAUCAAGGGCAGCAUUCCUAGUGGAAUCGGCAAUUUGAGUGGCUUAGGACAUCUAAGCAUGGAUAGCAACGAGUUGACUGGACAUAUCCCACCAACAAUCGGAAGGUUACAGAAUCUCGUACAACUGUAUCUUGAACACAAUAGACUACAAGGACCCAUUCCAAAUGAUCUCUGCAAGUUAACCAUGCUCGGAGACAUUUACAUAAGUAACAAUAACCUUUAUGGAUUGAUACCAACAUGCUUGGGUGAACUCAAGUCCCUAAGAAGACUCUACUUAGACUCCAACAACUUAACUUCCAUCAUACCUUCAAACUUGUGGAGCCUUAAAGAUCUAUGGGCUCUAAAUUUAUCCACAAAUUCUCUCGGAGGUAAUCUACCAUUAGAUGUCGCGAAUUUGAAGGUCUUGAUACAAUUAGACUUGUCAUGGAACCAGUUAUCAGGUGACAUCCCCAGUACCAUUGGAGGCGCUCAAUCAUUAGUAAAUUUAUCCUUGGGGCAUAAUAAACUUCAAGGACAUAUUCCUCAAUCACUGAGCAACUUAAUAAGCUUGGAAUUUUUGGAUCUAUCCGGUAACAAUCUGUCCGGAGACAUUCCCAAGUCCUUAGAAAAACUCAGGUAUCUUCAAUUUUUGAAUGUGUCCUUCAAUAGAUUGCAAGGAAAAAUUCCUACAGGAGGUUGUUUCAAUAACUUUACAGCUCAGUCAUUUAUGUAUAAUGAUGCACUCUGUGGUGUAUCCAGACUACAAGUCCCGUUGUGCAAAACCAACACGCUCCAACGAUCAAAGUCAAAAAUUGUGCCUCUAUUGAAAUACAUUUUACCCACUAUAGUAGCAUCAGCAAUCCUUGUGCUGGCCCUUCUAUUUGUGUUGAUAAGGCGCAAGAAAGAUAAUUCCAGAUUACCUACCCAAAUUGAUUCAGUGCCUUUUGCAUGGAGAAGGAUUUCAUACCAUCAGCUUCUGCAAGCAACAAAUUCAUUUAAUGAAACGAACCUACUUGGUAAGGGGAGUUUUGGUUCUGUUUAUGGUGGAACGCUUUCAGAUGGGACAAAUAUUGCAGUAAAGGUUUUUAAUUUGCAAUCAGAAGCAGCAUUCAGGAGUUUUGAUGUCGAAUGUGAGGUAAUGCGUAAUAUUCGCCAUCGAAACCUUACUGAAAUCAUCAGCAGCUGCACGAACAUGGAUUUCAAAGCCUUGGUACUCGAGUACAUGCCCAAUGGGAGCCUUGAGAAGUGGUUAUAUUCUCACAACUAUUGUUUGGAUAUCCUACAACGGUUAAACAUAAUGAUAGAUGUGGCAUCAGCCUUGGAAUAUCUACAUCAUGGUCAUUCAACUCCCAUUCUUCACUGUGAUUUGAAGCCUAGCAAUGUCCUGCUCGACGAAAAUAUGAUUGCACAUAUUGCUGAUUUCGGUAUUGCCAAACUCUUGGGUGAUGGGGAUUUUAUGGCACAAACCAGGACUUUGGCAACAAUUGGUUAUAUGGCACCAGAGUACGGGACUGAAGGAAUAGUAUCUACAAAAGGCGAUGUCUACAGUUAUGGUAUCAUGUUGAUGGAAGUAUUCACAAGGAAAAAGCCAACCGAUGACAUGUUUGCUGGAGAGAUGAGCUUGAAGCGUUGGGUGAAGGAAGCAUUACAUGAUUCUCCAUUUGCAGUUUUGGACGCCAAUUUGAUAGGAAGAGAGGACAAACAUUUCCUUGUGAAGGAGCAAUGUAUAUCAUCAGUCUUGAGUUUGGCCAUGGAUUGUUCAAAUGAUUCACCUGAGAAUAGGAUCAACAUGAUUGAUGCCUUGAUCGUACUUGAGAAAAUUAAAACCACAUUUGUAGCAAACAGUGGAUAGGCUCGAAAGGUAAAUUUAUUGAAAAUAACAGAUAUCAAGUUUAGUAGUAGUAUUUUCUACACUACACUUGCCUUUUUAGGAAAGCAAUGUCUGUUUUUCUUAAGCAAGUUCUACUUCUUUCCACUUAAAACUUUCUUUCCUUUUUUUUACUGUAUUCCACUUCUAAGUUGGAGAUGAAGCAUGUAAAUGGGAGAAUGUCGGCCAAAAGAUCGUCUGUUUUACGUUUUACCUUUCAAAACACACACUACUA